AUGUUUUUCCUCUACAAUCUUGAGCGUCAGGUCACCCUGCACCCAUCGUACUUUGGUCGCAACAUGCAUGAGUUGGUGACUGGCAAGCUAUUGAAAGAUGUUGAAGGAACGUGUACCGGUCUUUACUACAUCAUCACAAUCAUGGAUACCUUCAACAUUUCUGAAGGAAGAAUCCUUCCAGGAAGUGGACUGGCUGAGUUCACUGUUGGAUACCGUGCUGUAGUGUGGAGACCCUUCAAGGGCGAGACUGUCGAUGCUAUUGUAACCUCAGUCAAUGCUGUCGGGUUUUUUGCGGAUGCCGGUCCUUUGCCCCUCUUUGUAUCUGCACAUCUGAUUCCUCGUGACAUCAAAUUCGAUGCAAAUGCAACACCACCUCAAUUUACAAACAAUGAAGACUCUGUCAUUGAGCCAGGUACUCAUGUCCGAGUAAAGAUUAUUGGUACAAGACCUGAAGUCGGAGCUAUGUUUGCUAUUGGUAGUAUCAAAGAGGAUUAUCUCGGCUGUUUGCAAGCUUCGUGAUCCUUGAUAUAACUCAGCCUUAACUAAACCCUCAAUACCUUUUAAGCAUGUUCCAGUCAUAACUUUAGGUUUUUAUGACACAAGACCUAAGCUUUCUUGGACCACACCACUAUUGUCAUUUCAUGGAGAUAUGACCUACCCC